UCCCGGGCAGCAGUGGGGACACUCCCGGGCAGCAGUGAGGACAGUCCCGGGCAGUGCGGACAGUCCCGGCCAUGCAGGUGGCCACGCGCCUCCUGCGGGCGCUGCCCCGCCCCGCGCCCGGCCCCCGGACGUGCGCGCCCCGCUGGUGCCCGGCCGGAGCAGCUGCCCCCAGACCCAGGCCCGGCCCAGCCAGGGGCCUGCAGGGCAGGGCCGAGCCGGGGGUCCUGGCACGGAGGGGCCCGGGUCCGAGCCGCGCGCAGGAUUUUCUGUCGGCCAGGCGGGAGCGUGAGAAGUCUGCAGAGAACACGGAUGCCUUUGGAAGGGGUCCAGCGAGGCUGGAGACGCAGUCGCAGGAGGAGUAUGAGAUCAGCAGCCCUGAGGUCACGCACGGCGCGUUCGUGUACUACCAGGAGGGCGGCUGCCUGGUCCGCUCCCGAGUCGAGGAAGCAGACGGCGAGGAGUGCGAGGUCUUGCUCAGCCUGGAGGAGCUGGGGCUGGGCCGGCCCUUCCUGGACGCCAUCCGCGUGGCCCCUGGAGAGGAGUUCGUGGCGGCCGGGGUGAGGGCGGCAGACUCCGAGGCGAGCGCCUGCGUGGUGGUGAGGCUCGGCCGGCCUCCGGUGGUGGCGGCGUCUCUCCCCGACGUGUCCAGCUUCGAGUGGGUGAGCGGCGGAGACGGGCGGGAUGUCCUGUUCUACACCGUCCAGAGGGACCUGCGCUGCCGUGACGUCUACCGAGCCACUUUCGGCGGAGACAAGCGGAGUGAGCUCGUCUACAGCGAGAGAGACCCAAGCUACUUUGUCUUCCUUUACCUCACCAAAGACGGGCGUUUCCUCACCGUGAACGCCCGGAGCAAGACCACCUCCGAGGUGUGGCUCGUGGACAGCCUGCGGCCCUGGGCGCCCCCGAGGCUGGUGCAGAAGCGCGUCCCGGGGGUCCUGUACCACGUGGAGCACCGGGCCGGCACGCUCUACAUCCUCACCAACGCCGGCGAGCCCCCCGAGUUCAAGCUCGUGCGGGCCCCGGCGGACAGCCCUGCCGCCCCGAACUGGGAGCUCGUCCUCACGACGGGGAGGGACACCAAGGUGGUGGACCUGGACAUGUCCCGGGAUCACUGCGUCCUGUUCCUCAAGCACCGCACCCGGCUGUGCCUGCGCGUCCUCGGGCUGGCUGACGGCUCCGUGCGCACCCUGGAGCUCCCGCCCUGGGCCUGCGCCUUCAUCCUGGAGGCAGACUCGGACCCGGACAGCUGCUCCUUCCAGCUGUGCUCCCCCGUCUGCCCGCCCAAGCACUACACGUACAGGUUUGCAGAGGGCGAGCUGUCCGGGGACACGGGACACGAGGACCCCGCCACCGAGGCCAGCCACGUGCUGCGGCUCGAAGCCAAGAGCAAGGACGGCAGAGCGGUGCCCGUGACCGUGUUCCUCAGAGCCGGGCCCCAGGACCUGCGGGAGCGGCCGCUGCUGGUCCACGUGUACGGCGCCUACGGGGUGGACCUGCCCAUGGGCUUCCGGCCUGAGCGCCGGGCGCUGCUGGACGACGGGUGGAUCCUGGCCUACUGCCACGUCCGGGGUGGCGGGGAGCUGGGCCUGCAGUGGCACGCAGACGGCCGGCUCACCAAGAAGCUCACCGGACUCGCCGACCUGGAGGCGUGCGUGCAGAUGCUGCACGGGCAGGGCUACUCCCGGCCCCGCCUGACCGCCCUCAGUGCCCUCAGCGCGGGCGGGGUGCUGGCGGGAGCCCUGUGCAAUGCCCGCCCAGAGCUGCUCAGGGCCGUGACCCUGGAGGCGCCCUUCCUGGACGUCCUCAGCACCAUGAUGGACAGCACGCUGCCACUGACCCUGGAGGAGCGGGAGGAGUGGGGAGACCCGUCCUCCGACGAGCAGCACCGGGCCUGCAUCCGGCGCUACUGCCCCUACCAGAACAUCCGGCCGCAGCCUUACCCGGCGGUGCACAUCACGGCUUGUGCGGGCGACGCGCGCGUGCCGCUGCGGGGCGUCCUGCGCUACGCCCGGAAGCUGCGGGGGGCCGUGGCGCAGCACGCGGAGGCGGCAGCCGGAGAAGGCUACCAGGCCCCCAACAUCGUCCUGAAUAUCCAGCCGGGAGGCGGCCACGUCCUGGAGGACUCUCCCGAGAAGAUCACGGCCCAGAUCAGGUUCCUGUACGCGGAGCUGGGCCUGGACAGCGGCUCUGUGCUGGAGAAUCUCAAGAGGCACCUCGGGGCCUGAGACGGACUUUCAGCAGGACUGGACGCUGCCGCAGAGUUCAGCUCUUUUUAGUGUGUUUUUAAACUUCGAUCUUUCUACCCGCGCGUGCCCACGUCCGGCUGAGGCACCGUCCCACAGUGCUCCUCCCUCCAGGCCCCGGCAGGGCUGAGGGGGACCCGUACAGAGCAGCUGUCUGCCUCCCCUGGCCGCCCCGCAGCUGCCAUCGGGCCCCGCCCCUAUGCCAGGGCGAGUGAGUGUGCGUCUCCAGGAAGGAACCUUCUCCCACAGGCGCCCACAGACGCCGCCCUUUUCUGUCCAGCCUUUUAUUCUCGC